GGUUUGAACAGUCCAAAUGCACAAAGAAUUUCACGGAACCCUCCGAGCGCAUUCUAGUGAUUAUCCCGCCUAACAAAGUUCGACUACUAUCGUGAUCAUGUGGCUACUCGACGCGAAGUCCAUGCGACUUGACCGUAUCGAUGACGAAGAAAAAGUCCCACCGUACGCGAUUCUUUCACACACCUGGGCCAAUGAUGAAAUAUCAUUCAAAGAGAUGAGAUCUGUUGAUACCGGCACCAACAUGACCACGAAGGCCGGAUGGUUGAAGAUAGAAAACACCUGUCGAUUAGCCUUGGAACAUGGACUCAGCCAUGCCUGGGUUGACACUUGUUGCAUCGACAAGUCUAGUAGCGCUGAAUUACAAGAGGCAAUCAACUCCAUGUUCAAAUGGUACGAGCAUGCAACCAUCUGCUUUGCUCACCUUGCAGACGUCGCUGCAGACGAAGAUCCUGCUGAUGAAGGAUCGGCUUUUCAAGGCUGCCGCUGGUUCAAAAGAGGCUGGACGCUUCAGGAGCUACUUGCUCCAUCUGAAGUCGAGUUUUACGAUAAAUGUUGGAAACAAAUUUCUACCAAGUCGCGUCUUCAAGGCUUGAUCGAGAAAGUCACGGGUAUCAAGUCCUAUUAUGUCUGCCCGUCGGGUGGACUUGAAGGCGCAUACGACAGACUAUCAGGGGCAGGUAUCGCGGAACGAAUGUCUUGGGCAGCCGAAAGGGAAACAACACGGAUAGAAGAUCUUGCGUACAGUCUCCUCGGCCUUUUCGAUAUCAGCAUGCCUAUGCUCUAUGGAGAAGGUCCCAAAGCCUUUCAAAGGUUGCAGGAAGAGAUUAUGAGAGUCAAUGACGAUAGCUCUUUGCUCGGUUGGGGAUAUCAAGAAUCCUGCGACGAUUGGCGCUGGGGGACGGAUUCUAUUCUUGCACCGCACCCGCUAUGUUUUAGGAACUGUCGAACCAUUGUCGCUUGCGCACUCAAGGGGUUCAGAUCAGCUUCUUUUUCCAUGAGCCAAAGGGGAUUACAGAUGAAAGCCCCUGUGCGGGCCGACCUAACACAUAAGCAACUCGUAUACAUGAUUUUGGGUUGCGGGCCACGCUCAGAGAGAGGGUGGUAUCGGCAGGAAGACGACUCCUGCUCCUUUAUGGCGAUACCGCUGAUUUGCACAAGCGCAUGCGAUACAAUUCAGAUCGGUGAUGGACUGCAGGACGGAGAGUAUCUGCGUCCAAAGUGGUGCAGGCCGGCUCUGGUCUCCGAAGAAUUCUUGAGCCAGGCGGAAUGGAAGGAGCUGGUUAUCCGACGACCCUCCCGGCAAUAUUCCAGACUUCGAAAAUUGCCAAUAUCCAUCGCAAUUGCUCCCAUUCCGAACCAAAUCCACAGAAUAAUCGGGACUUACCCACCUCAACCGAUCGGGGCUCAAUUUGUUUCUCUUUGCCAACAUCCCGGGCAUCAAAUCGCCCCAUGGGCAACGAAUACCCAACACCUAUCCGAGGUCCAACAAGCAGGCGGGAAUACCAACAGGAACCUAACGCCUGGACACUCCGCAGAAGACCAGAGAAUGAUUCAAAUUGAGAUCCCGUUCCGCGGAGUCUUUCUCUUCGUCCUCGAUUAUACGGCAAUAGUCUCACACAUAGGUCACAUACCUGUGUGGCAGUGUUCGGAUUUCCGAAGCCGGGUUUUUGCCUUUCCCGACCAAUUCAGCCUAGAAAUCAUGCACAGGCUGUCCGUCACUCAGGAUUUCAGUCACCUUAAGGAAUUAGACACCCAGUGCCAGGGAGAACGCUAUAUGUUUAAAAUUGACGACAAACCUCAUACAUUUCUAGAAAUUCAGUUGGAAAAAUUCUCUCUCAUUACAGAUAUUUACAUUUCGAUCCUUACGAAAUCAACAAGUCCUCAUUUGACCAUGUUGCAGGAAAGGGCUGGAGAAUCUUUGCUCAACUGGUUGGAAAGACGCAAGAGAAGAAGGGAAAGGAUGCCUGGUAAAGGGAGAAUAGCAGCCCGAAUUGCUGGCCAGAACGGUGUGUUAUGAGGCUAGUUACAGUACUAUAUCAGCAGCUGGCUGCUACAUUUCGACGGCCAGGCCGAUCUCCUUACGGACUAUCGCAACUAGACUACACCUUCGCCUUGGACUAGGUUAACAGGUUAGACAUCUAUCCGAUUUGGCCUCUGUCAUUUUAACUUAUACCGCUUUGACCUCUGUAGCUUUGGCCUCUAGACUUUCUUUUUAUAUCUAUAUGGCCUCAUUUCUAUCAAGUCGCUCACUUUCCUAUCAGAUCGGCCUAUUUCCUAUCUUUCCUAGUAAUACCAGUCUGUUCCUAUAAAACCAGCCCUCUCUCUACUAUUCAAUAAUGACCUAUAUAAGACCAUCUGUUAGGCAUCUCAUUAGCUA